AUGGUACCCCCCUUUGCAGCCCAGCAGCCAGAUCCCACCCCAGGAGACCCCGAGGGAGCCCUGGACCUGGGGCUGGCUGAGGACCACUUCUCCCGCCCCGUGGGGCUGAUCCUGGCGUCGGAUGUGCCGCAGCUGCGCAGAGCCAUCGAGGAGUGUAAGCGGGUGAUCCUGGCACUGCCCGAGCACUCGGAGCGGCAGAAGGAUGCUGUGGUCCGGCUCAUCCACCUCCGCCUCAAGCUACAGGAGUUGAAGGACCCUGCUGAGGAUGAGCCCAACAUCCGUGUGGUCCUGGAGCAUCGCUUCUACAAGGAGAAGAGCAAGAGUGUCAAGCAGAUGUGUGACAAGUGCAGCACCAUCAUCUGGGGGCUCAUCCAGACCUGGUACACCUGCACAGGCUGCUACUACCGGUGCCACAGCAAGUGCCUGCCCCUGGUGAGCAAGCCCUGUGUGCGGGCCCAGGUGAGCCACCGUGCCGAGUACCAGCUCAGCAUCUGCCCUGAGAGUGGGCUGGACAGCCAGGACUACCGUUGCGCCGAGUGCCGGACCCCCAUCUCCCUCC